AUGUCUUCCACUGUCAACGUCGCGGGUCACCAGGUCGGCCGUAUGGGUUACGGGCUGAUGCAGCUCACUUGGACCGCGGAACCCGUCCCUGAUAUCACUGCUUUCGCAGCUAUGAAAGCUGCUGCCGAUCACGGAUCCACUUGCUGGUCCUCCGCGACCUUCUACGGUCCGCCUGAUGACCGUUUUGCAAACCUCAAGCUCAUUCGUCGUUUCUUUGACACAUACCCAGAGUACAAAAACCAGGUGGUUUUGGUCGUCAAGGGUGGUGUCGACUUUACCUCUCGUGGUCCGGUCGGUGACGACCUCGAUUUUCUUCGUGACGAGCUCAAGACUUCCAAAGACAUUCUUGGCGACAAAGCUAUCGACAUCUUUUCCCUCGCUCGACUCCCCAAUUCGCCUGUGGAGGAUGUCUUCAAAGGCCUUGUGACUUUGCAGAAGGAGGGCUGGUACAGUGCCAUCGCCGCCAGUGAAAUGUCCGCCGCUUCUCUCGAGAAGGCUUCCAAGAUCACCCCUAUUGCCCUCAAUGAGAUCGAAGUCUCCCUCAUCUCCUAUGAGCCCUCCAUCCGCGCUGCCAUCGCCUGGUCGCAGACCAACAAGGUCCCCUUCUUCGCCUACUCUCCCCUCGGCCGUGGCUUGCUCACGCGAACCUACAAGACCCCCGAAGACGCCGCCGGUCAGGUGGCCGGUCACAUCCCCAGGUUCCAGGGCGACGCUUUCUAUGAAAACAUGAAAUUGGUGGAUCUGGUGGAAGAGAUUGCUGGCAAGAAGGGAGUCAAGGCAGGGGAGUUGGCGCUCGCUUGGGUUUAUGGGACUUCUGACUAUGCUGUCCCUAUCCCUGGAUCGUCCAAGCCUGAGCGCGUGAUCGAGAACAUCAACGCUGCCAAUAUCAAGUUGACGCCCGACGAGCUCAAAGCUAUCUCCAACCUUCUCGAGACUUUCGAGGUCAAAGGAGGCCGAUAUGCCGACCAUGCUAUCGCCCACUUGAUGAAGUAA